AUGAAAUGGAACCAGUGUUUCUUUCUUGGUUUUGCGGUCACCGUUACUCCCACCAGGGCGACUGAUCAACUUCAGUAUGCGGUCAGAAAGGUUUUGGAUCCCCCAAUAGAUUUGUCCUUAAAGUUGAAUUCAUAUGAUGAUCAGAUCCAUCCCGAACCCGCCGAUGGAUACAUCAAGCCACAAGAGUACGAUUUCAUGUCUCUUUCCACGCAAUCAAGUGGACGCGGAAAAUCACUCAAAACCAAUGAGGGUUUCAAAAUUUACUAUCCCAAAGACCAUGUCGAAGCUUCAGAAAGUCAUCACAGAAACGGUUUCUUAGAUCUAUCACUAGCCAAUUCUCAUUCUGAAAGCCAGAUGGCUAGCAACGUUCAGCUGGAGAAAAGGACCAGGCCACAAAUAGAUGGGUCGGGAAACCAGAGUCAUCCGGCCGCAAGACCAGGCGAUGAAUCAAAAUCAAAACCAUAUGGCUCGUUCCUGAAGUCCUCGGGACAUGUUUCCAUCCAAUCAAGAUUAGAGCCCCUCCGACCUGAAGAAAUUUAUACAGCUCAAGACUUCGUGUCUAGGAUUGGCCAAGAUCACGGAACCUCUUCAGUCACUCGUAAAAUCGCCUCUGUAAUACCCGAGCCCGAAAGAAAGGCAGUCAGCAAAGCUUGCAAUCUGAGAAAUAAUGCGCCGUUUGAAACCAUUGAACCUUACCAACCACAGUUCAGGGCAAUGCCUUCAAAAGCCCAAAAAGCAGAAGAGAUCCUGGACUAUUGUACAGAAAUGGCAAAUGCUUUGAAAUGCAUUCAAGAAUUCUCACAAUACCUUGAAAGCCCUAGGGAAUUCAAAGAAGUCAGAAAAAUAUGGACAGAGAAAUUGGGUCCAAUUCCAGUCCAUGUCAGAGAAUAUAAAGACCAAACAAUGGUAUGGCAUUUGAUUGAAAUCUGGUUGGAAGCAGAAAAUCCAACACUUUGGUUGAAAUCCAAGAAUGCAAAUGACAGCAAACUGCACAAUAAUUUGAAGAGAUUUAUCAACAACAUCUUUUUCUAUGGAAUUGAAGGUUUGACAAAACAAGCCCAAAAAAUCAUCCAGACCCACCAUCUUUGA